UCCUGACUGUGGCUUCGGAUAGUUUCAGAUGGUUUUUUGAAUGAGUGGACAUUGUGCAUCACUUUGCAAUUACCAUGAAACAGCAAUGUUUGAUUAUGGUUAUGCACAAUAACGAGAACAUCGAAUCAAGCCAGAGAUAAGCAUACGUUAUUUUCCUUUGUAAGAAUCCAUUCGAUAAUGUUGUCACACUUAUAAAUGUCAUUGGAAAAACAAGCACUAUUAGAAGGCCUAACUGUAGGUGCAGCUUUGUCUCAAAGGAUGACAUUGCAUCCAGUUUUGUGAAUUGCGGCUUCCACUUUCGCGCUCCGCACUUGAACAAAAUUCUUGUUUGCAAUUAGUUCCUAAGACCCAAAAUUAAAGGAAAAUAGGCUCAAGGGUCAAAAACCCAGAAGUUGUCCUUUAAGUCCAACUGUAACAGAAGGCUUUCUGGACGUUGAGGAAGGGUGCAUCACUCAAUCAUUGAUCGGAAACAGGGUCUCAGUGAUGACUCUGAAGGAUGAACCCAAACGAUAUAGAGGCAGAUUAUGCCUUACAACAGCUAAUAUUAACCUAGGUUUUAUUGAUAGUUUUGGACAUUAGAUUGGAUUUCAAUCAAUGGACUGGAACAUUAACAAUACCAAAAAAAAUUAAGAUUGGUACCUGUAUAUAUAUGUGUGUCAUGCUACAAUUUGACCUAAAAAAGAAGUGGACAAACACAAAUCUUUGGGGGACGGCACUCUUAAGGUGCAUUCACACUAAAAGCGAAGCCAAUAUUCUACUUGUGUUGCACAAGAAAAAAAAAUAUUGCGCAAAUGAUUCAGCAUCAGGCAUAAUUUGAAGAACAAACACACGAAUGAGCAGAAUCGCGUCAUUCGCGCUAGUAGAAUUUGACAUUGCCUUGACAUUCAAGCCAUUCGCACCGUUGGCUUGUCUGGCAAAAUAUAUGCUUCUAUUCCCAUCUUUGCAUUGACAUUGUAUGUAUCUGUGCCCGCAUUCAUCAACAAGUCAGAAUCCACACUUUGAACUACUCUUUAUUCCAGAGGAAAAAGUCAGUUGUGAUUUUGCUAUUUUUCGGUAACAGGUAUAAACUCAAUGGUUUGUGGAAUAUGAAAAACUGAAGAAUAUUGCGAUCAUCAGAGACGAAUUAAAAUGUUUUUGCAUUGUAUGGCAGAAUGUCAUCUGUAAUCAACUGGAACUCUGUACUGGUAUCGUAAGUCAAUCCCUCUUGACAUUAGGGCCAUCAAGCAGGCUGCAUGUUCAACGACAACUUGCAACAAUCUCAAUGAAAUUGUUAAUAUUAUACAUCAUAUUAUACGUUAUGAACGAUAAUCAAAUAAUCACAAUUUCCAGUUUACUAUUCAACAGUCACUUGUUGCACAGUUUAGGCCUGCUAUAUGAGUAUCUUUGUGUGCAUAAAUAAACACAUUUGUUCUUUCCAUCCAAAAUAACGUAUAAUGUAUUUUAAUUUGAGAUCCACUGAAGUUUAGCUUAGAACAAAGGUGGUUAGGUCUCAUAGUCAUUUUAGUAUGCAUAAUCAACACCGCUAUGUGUUUAAUUCUGUAUCCCUGGGAAUGUAAAUGGCAGCCAGCUGUUCAUACUCACACCAAUAAAAAAAUAAAAACACUCGCUCUUAAGUUUAAAGGAACUGCUCUAAUGUCCAAUACUGUAGGUUUCAAUUGUUUCAAGCCUCACCUGUCAGUCGCUUUGGAUAAAAGCAUCUGUCAAAUGACAUCACUGGAUAUCACUGGGAUAUGUGGAUGAAAUGUAACCUUACCUGCUACCUAUGGCUCACAAAAAUGCUGACAAAUCAACUGACAUGUUAAAAAGUUUAUUGCAACAACAGUGUGCACAGUAUUUCCUGUUGUUGAAUACACCUGGGAAAAAACUCUUGCUAGUAAAUGCUAUGAAGAGGCUCUUGUAGAAAGUAUUGUCUAUUAUUGGAUGGCCAAUGCUACCCUGCUUUUCAAGACAGAGGCCUACGAGGUCAACCCACAUACAUACAUAAAGAGUGACCAAAGCAUUGAUUUAUACAAAUAAAUGAAUUAUGAAUAUACAAGGCUUCCGCAUUUAUACAAAUAUGUAUAACAUAUUAUCAUGUUGACUAAUCAACAUAAACCAUAGAGGUGUUUUUGAGGCUGUCCUCUCCAGGCCCCAUCAUGGAUCCGCCCCUGUCACUGGGACUGUGUUCGGCAUAGUGUGCGAGAGUCAGAUUAACUAGUAUUACUGCCGGCCACAGGGGAAACAUUAAACUCUUACAUAAUGACUGCAUGAGUUUGAAAGCACCAACGACGCCUGACCCACAGUGGAGGACUGAAGAGGAGGCUACUGUAGAUCAUGUCAUGAUCAUGGAUAACACUUCUGACAUAACAAUGUUGACACUUUCAGGGUUGAGCGGGGAGACCACCAACAGAAUGGUUAUUUUCUCCCUCACUCUACUUUGCUACCUUCUGAUUCUGAUGGUUAACAUUUCCCUGGUUCUGACCAUCAUCUUGGACCACAACCUCCACCAACCUAUGUAUAUCUUUGUGUGUAACCUGUGCCUCAAUGCUCUUUAUGGAACUGCCGGUUUCUACCCCAAGUUCCUUCUGGACCUGCUCUACUCUCGCCACGUGAUCUCGUUUGGGGGUUGUGUGGUGCAGAGUCUGGUCAUAUAUUCCUCAGUCUGCAUUGAAUAUUCUAUUCUUGCACUGAUGGCCUAUGACAGGUAUGCUGCAAUAUGCCGACCACUCGAUUAUCACUCUCUUAUGAAAAAGCAGAACGUCUGUCUGCUUACAUGCUUCUCCUGGAUUAUUCCUUAUUUAAUGGUACUUGUUGCUCUGAUAAAAACAUCAACAUUGAAAUUAUGUGGCUCGCACAUAGAUAAACCCUAUUGUGCCAGUUGGUUGAUUGUUAAAAUUGCUUGUUCUCCUGGUCUGACAAACGCUGUUAUAGGUUAUAUUACCAUCAUUGUUUAUUUUUUUCAUUUUGUUUAUAUUUUUAUGUCGUACUUUUAUCUGGUCAGAACAUGUGUGAAGUCGAUAGAGAGCCGAGAAAAAUUCAUGAAGACUUGUUUGCCACAUUUAGUGAUUCUGCUCAAUGUGACCGUUGCUGUGUUGUUUGAUGUGAUGUUUAUGCGAUUUGGCUCAGCAGAUGUGUCGCCAAUGAUUAAAAAUGCAUUAUCACUCGAGUUUCUUAUAAUACCUCCUAUUGUCAACCCACUAAUAUAUGGUAUUAUACUUACCAAAAUUCGUAAUCGAAUAAGGUUUAUUUUGUUUCACAAGAAAGUUACGAGUUAAAUGGUUAAGUGUGUACAUUUUGAAAGUCUUUUUCAAUUGGGUUUCGAUUAGGUUUAUUUUUGCUAAGAGGAAAGGUGAAUUAUGAGUUAAGAAUAUGAGUCUCACUUAUACAUUUAUAUAUUUUACAUUUAUUAUUUUAGUUGAAUAUUUACAAUGGCAAGUUGUUGAAAAUAUCGUAAAAAAUUACAUUAAUUAUAAUGUCUGAUAAUCAUAAAAAUAUGUAUCCUAAAUUGUGAUCAGCAAUAAUUAGCAAUGUUUGUGUGCUCAAAUGCCUUUAUAGGAUUUUCUAUACAUUAUACGCUGUAUAUAUUGGUGCAGCGUCAAUGAACCAUGUCCAUGUAAUGGGUAAAAGUCCAUGUAAUGGGUAAAACCAAAGCAAUUUUCAGAUAUAUAAAAUUAAUUGUAUUGCUUGUUAGUUCGAUAUUGUCUCCAACAUGCCAUUUUUUUUAAUAUUCUUCCAUAAAAUCAUGCGUGUGGUUGAAAAUGAAAUAUUUCAACUUUAAACUACUCUUUAUUGCAGAGGUCAAAAUCAAGAACAGUUGUGAUUAACUAUUUAUCUGUUACAGGUAGAAGCUUGAGGGUUUGUGGCCUAUGACAAACCGAAGAAUAUUCCAAUUAUCAGUGACAGAAUGAAAAAUGUUUUUGCAAAGGUAUCUAUCGUAGUAUGUCACCUGUAAUCAAUUGGAACUUUGUCCUAGUAUCGUAAGUCAAUCCCUCUCGACAUUAGGGCCAUUGAGCAGGCUGCACGUUCAACAACAAUCCCAAUGAAUUUGUUAAUAUUAUAUGUCAUAUUAUAUGUUAGGAACGAUAAUCAUGUUUCAAAUUAUGACAAUUUCCAGUUGACUAUGCAACUGUCACUUGUUGCACAGUUUAGGCCUGCUAGAUGAGUAUCUGUGUAUGUGUAUUAAUAAACACAUUUGUUGUUUCCAUCCAACAUAACACGUAAUGUAUUUUAAUCUGAGAUCAACUGAAGUUUAGUUUAGAACAAAGGCGGUUAGGUCUCAUAGUCAUUUUAGUAUGCAUAAUCAACACCGCUAUGUGUUUAAUUCUGUAGCCCAGGGAAUGUAAAUGACAGCCAGCUGUUUAGACUCACAACAAUAAUAACCCUAUUUUCUAAAGCCACUCUGUCCAGUUGUUACAGCUCUUAAGUUUAAAGGAACUGCUCUAAUGUCCAACACUGUAGGUUUCAAUGGUUAAAGCCUCACCGGCCGGUGGCUUUGGAUAAAAGCAUCUGUCAAAUGACUGAGGGAUACCAAUGGGAUAUUUGGACGAAAUGUAGCCUCACCUGCUAAUUAUAGCUUAGAAAAAUGCUGACGAAUCAACUGACGUGUUAAAAAGUUCAUUUUAGCAGCAGCAUUUCCUGUUGUUGAAUACACCUGGCAAAAAUCUCAUGUUGGUAAAUGUUAUCAAGAGGCUCUUGAAGACAGUUGGCUACGAUUGGAUGGCCAAUGCUACACUAACCUGCUUUUCAAGAUGGAAGCGGAGUGGACCUACGAGGUAAAGCCACCGACAUACAUAAAGAGUGACCAAAAGCAUUGAUUUAUACAAAUAAAUGAAUUAUGAAGAUA